GAGCGGUCACGUGUUAGAGUGGGCGGGGCAUCGCGUUCAUAUCCCAGCAUUCCUUGUGCUUACUUCCUUUCUGUCUUCUUCCGGCGUCCAAUAUGUCGAAGCGAGGACGCGGUGGGUCCUCCGGUGCGAAAUUCCGGAUCUCCUUGGGUCUUCCGGUGGGAGCCGUGAUCAACUGCGCGGACAACACAGGAGCCAAAAAUCUGUAUAUCAUCUCUGUGAAGGGGAUCAAGGGACGCCUGAACAGACUUCCCGCCGCUGGUGUAGGCGACAUGGUGAUGGCCACAGUCAAGAAGGGCAAACCCGAGCUCAGAAAGAAGGUGCACCCUGCGGUGGUGAUCCGACAGCGGAAGUCGUACCGGAGAAAAGACGGGGUGUUUCUUUAUUUUGAGGACAACGCGGGGGUCAUAGUGAACAACAAAGGCGAGAUGAAGGGUUCUGCCAUCACAGGGCCGGUGGCCAAGGAGUGUGCAGACCUGUGGCCGAGGAUCGCGUCCAAUGCGGGCAGCAUUGCCUGAUCUGCGUGUAUCUGUACAAAAUAAACAGCUGUUCCGGGUGUCUGCCCCUG